CAAGCAUCUACCCCACGUGGAGCCGGUUGCACGUGUCGUCGAAAUAUAGAGUAAGACGUUUAAAGAAUCAUAUUAUAUACUACCAGCACACCUGAAUCAAAUUAACAAGUGCACGGGAGCCUACGGUAGCGGCACUAGAACUGCAGAGGGAUUCAGUGGAACCCGAAAACUCCCUGUAACGAGUCAGAGGCCCGAUUCUAAACUCUGUAGGGUUUGCCAGCCUUUCCCUGUUCCUUGUUUUUAAUCAACCAAACAUCAAGCUUCCCAAUCUAUCUUUACUCUAUAAUUGUUUGCUGACCGCCAAAAAACCUCAAAGAAAAAGAAGAGAGCACCAACAUCAACCAUUGAAAUGCACGGGUCCUUACUUAUGGCCACUAUAUGGCUAGGAUAUGGAUAUAUGGAGUCUACUGAUGCUGUUUGGAAGACAGUGAUCACAUUUAAGGCUGGAGACAGUGUUACUUUUCUGUGUCUGAGCAAUGAUACCAUGGAAUCAUGUGAGUGGCGCAAAUCUGGAAUGGAGCAAGACGAGUGUCUCUUACGGUGGAGAGGAAAGCACACAUGGGAAUGCAGCCCGGAUCCGUCUAUUCAUGGUCGCGUGGUGAGGACCGAUCUCACGACGGACAGAAGCGCUUCUAUUGUUCUGAAGACAACCGAAGCCAGGGACGCAGGAAGGUACGAGUGUGAAGCUGCGAGUGGCGCCGUAGGAAGCCGACCGGUACUCCUCUGCGUCUUUGAGCUGAAGUUUGAAGGUGGGGGAAACAACACUGGCCAUGAUCAUGUGACCACUUUGUCAGAUGGUAAUGUGGUCGUAAUAAUUUGCCUAGUCUACAUCUUACUCGCUGUGUCGAUCGUUGGGAUUCAUUUAUGCUGGAAGUCCACCCCAGGGAAAGAUGCUCGGCUCAAAGAACCAAACCACACAAACGCAGGAAAGGAAGAUCUGCUGGAAGGGACCAAGGACCCGAACCCUCCAUGAAAAAAAAAACAGUGAAGCAGGGACAUCUUUAAUCUUUAUGGCCAGUCUUUUGCCAGUCUUUUGCCAGUCUUUCGCCAGUUUUAAGCUGCUCUGUAUCUGUAAAUAGCACUUUAUUACAUUCCAGUAAAACAAACUCAGGUAAAUGUUGUUACACUGUCCAGCUUAAGCCAUCCUCACAAUCAGAAACAGGCUUAUUUGUUAUUCUGCGGUAAAAAAAAAAAGUCUGUGAAAUAUGUUCCAGUGAUACAGUUCAUAAUUCAGUAAUAGCCACCAUGCAGCUUACAUGCCAGUGUUUUUACCCUUCAGAUGCAUUUAUUUUGAGAAUUGUGAGGAAAAAAACAAAUUACAGAAUAUACUUAGUAUACUAUACUAAGUUUUUUAUACCAAGGACCCCUUUACUGAGAGAGAGAAAUGUAGCAUUUUAGGCGAUACUGCCCAGCAUUAGUGUUCACAUAUAAAGAAUUUGCCCUGAUAAUUGUUGUUAAGCUGCCUACACACUGUGCAUUAGUUUCAAUAUUGGGGAGAGUGGUGGAGAAACUAAAGUAAGCCAAAGUCAUUUGAAAUGUACAUUUGAAAUGAUGUAGAGGAUGAAAUGUGUCAAAUGUUUACUUAAUAUGAAAACCAGGGAUGCACCGAACCAAGAGUUCGGUUCGGAAUUCGGCCGAACUUUGGGCUUUUUGACGGAGUUUGGGUACUGCCGAACGGUACCAAAGAGAAGUAACCAGAGGCGAAACUAGAGAAAAAGAGGCGAACCUUUCUGCUCUUGCCAGAGUCUCUCCCGGGCUGUCAGCUGAUCUUUCUUGAAAUGAGUCUCCGUACAGGCUGCUGCUCAUUAGCUAACGGUAGCUUUCUAAUUUCACCCCCCAACAUGCUUUCAUCAUACACUGGUUAGCGAAAAUAUGCAAAACAAAAUUGUGACUCAUCUGGCGAUAGCGAUGUACUUUCCUAAGAUGUGAAUAGAGCGUGGGGGUAGCCUACUUUACGGGAUUAUAAAUCUAAAAGGCUAAUAUUUUGGAUAUUGGUUGGAUCUUGAGAUAGGGUAAACA